AUGGAAUUAGGAUCAAACAGUCUUUCUUCAUUGGCUCCACCUGUGUUUGAUGGUGAAAACUACCAGGCAUGGACUAUCAGAAUGCAAGCUUACAUGGAGGGUUGUGAUUAUUGGGAAGCAAUUGAGCAAGACUAUGAGAUUGCUCCACUUCCUGAUAACCCAACAAUACAUCAGAUCAAGACUCACAAGGAAAGGGUCACCAAGAAGGCAAAAGCUCGAGCUUGGCUAUAUGCAGUUGUGUCUCCUGCCAUGUUCAACAGAAUUAUGGCCUUGAAGUCGACAAAUGAGAUCUGGGAGUUCCUCAAAAGUAACUAUGAAGAGAAGGGAUUCAAUGUGUUCUUUGAAGAAGGAAAGUGCUUCAUUUCUAAUUCCAUUGGGAAUGAGGUGAUCAAAAUAAAGAUGCAACACAAGAGCUUCUCGUUGGAUCCACUCGAGAAGGAGCAGAUACCUUUCAAGUGUCAAGUAAAUGACAUAGAGAUAUGGCACAAGAGGUUAGGGCAUUUUCAUCAAAAAGGAUAUGCACAAGUCUGGGGAAUUGAUUUUUCUGAGACUUUUGCACCAGUUGCAAGAAUGGACACAAUCAGGAUGCUACUUGCUGUGUCAGUCCAGCAUGGAUGGAAGGUGUAUCAGCUAGAUGUGAAGUCAGCAUUCCUAAAUGGAGUGUUAGAAGAAGAGAUCUAUGUUGAGCAACCAAACAGAUUCAUUAUACCAGGACAAGAGCAAAAUGUUUAUUUGUUGAAGAAGGCUCUUUAUGGGUUGAAGCAAGCUCCUAGGACAUGGUACAGCAAGAUGGAUGAUCACUUGCUGAAUCUAGAUUUUGUGUGA